AUGACGCUUAAAAGGCUAAACAGGCGCAGCAAUGUACAGUACGAUGAACGGCCAAACGUGAAAAAUUUGAAAAAUGUGAAAAAUUUGAAAAAUGUGAAAAAUUUGAAAAAUGUGAAAAAUGUGAGAAACGCGAAAAAUGUGAAAAAUGUGAAAAAUAUGAACAAUGUGAAGAACGCAAAAAAUGUGCAAAAUUCGAAAAAUGUGAAAAAAACUAACCACCUCUGUUUUGCCUGUUUUUGCGUCGACGUGUUAAACGCGGCCGAACUGGAUUUGUAA